GGUUGUGGAGACAGUGAAGCGGAAGUAGUGGAUGUGAUGAUUGGGAUAAGUCCGGCGGGAUGAGGUAUUAUUCUUGUGUGAUUGCUAAGUGACUUACUCAUUGUUCUAAUGUGAGUUUGAUUGCGAUUACUAAAUUUUAAUAUGCGAGUGAGAGGGAGUCAAUGGCGUUAUCCAGGCAGCUGCAUACAAUACUACAUUCCCCUCACGGUUCGCACCACCUCACGAGGGAAACCUGGCCAUCUCGGCAAACAAUGGUAUCAUCCGAGCUGGUUCCCCUCAAUUAUGGUCUUGAUAAGCCACUAUUGCUGCAGAACGCCUAUCUGUGCCGUUAGUGUCUCCAUAGUGUCCACAGUGCUUUUUCUGCCGAUUAAUCUAUUCCCAGACGGACUCCGUCGCUCCUCCGAAUGCUGGGUGCCGCGGCUAAGCUCUGCUGUAGCUUGCAUUUGCUGCAGGAACAUCUGCAUCCCUUCAAACUUUUAAGGGGUAUCUUAUCUUCAUUCUCGCACUGAGAUGCAGUUACUGUGCCGUAAUUCGUCCCAUUAUAAGCUUUCUGGCGGCUUCAAACUUCCAGGGAAAUUAUAGGGUUGGCGGGAAUGCCUUCACCGCGUCCCUGCAUGCAAGGGAUGCAUCAUGCACCGU